GUGCCCCGUGCCGUGGGCACACCGGCAGCUUUUCUCUCCACAGCUCCUGCUGCCCUUCACCAUGUGCCAGCUGGCGGCCGUGGAGGAGAGAGCCGUGGCGUGCAUUGCCAGGCUGCUGGCCUUCAGCAACACGUGCUCCUUGCCUGAGCUGUGCUCCUGCUUCACGGGAGCCACGGUGUUCCAGCACGAGUGCGAGGAGAACCAACGCUUCCCCGUGCUGGGGAAGCUGGCCGGACACCUCAUCCUGUGCUGCACCUCCACGGAUCAGGCGACCGGAGAUGAGGCGAUGAAGGCUGUCCAUCAGCUUUUCACCUUCAUCACCACCCCAAGAAUGUCGCUGGAGCAGAAGGAUCCCAAGAUGCCAGAGCUCUGGGAGUGCCAGCAAACUUUGCUCCACCAGGAGGUUUCCCAAGAGAACAGAGCCAGAAAUAUCUUUGAGAUGUUUCUGAAAUACCUCCUGUACCCCGAAAGGCUUGAUGUCUUCCUCACGGCCAUCGAGAGCAUGACAGCGCCGAGACUCCACAGCACCGAGCUGGCUGCCCACAUGGUGGACGUGCUCGCGGCAGAGGCUCACUUCCCUCCGCGGCGGGUGCACAACAUCGUGAAGAUGAUCUACCGCAGCCUGCCUUCCGUCAAAGCCGAGCCGGCUCUCAAAAGCCUGGGCAGGGCCCUGCUCGUGCUGGCCAGCAAACACCCGAGGGAGAUGGUUAGCAGCCUGCUGGUCUGCUCCCCCACCUGCACCAGUGUCGCCGUCACCAUGUGGAGGGCAAUGCUCUCGGAGCCCCCGGCCGUGGAGAAGCUGCUGCAGGAGCUGCUCCGAGUGCUCCUCAACCACUCUCCGCAGCUAGAGUCCCCAUUCAUCAAGGACUGGCCACGCGUCCUCGCCCUGGCUGCAGCAAGGAUGCUACCGGAAAUCUUCCAGCUGCCUCUCGUCCUGAAGGAGGCGGAGGCCAUUUUCCCCCAGCUCUUCCUGGCCCUCCUCUUGCAAGUCUCCUUCACCACGAAGCUGACAGAGCAGGAGGUGGAAAUCUUCUGGGUGGAGCACCAGCAGGGCCAGCUCACUCCCAUCAGGGCCGCGGUGCAGGCCUUGAAGCUGCUGCUCUGCAGCGUGGGCCUCCAGAGGCAGAUGGAGGCCAUUCAGGAGCAGGGCGGCUGGGACGCGCUUCUCAGCGCCGUCACCCACCUCCAGGGUGUGCAGGUGGUGGCCAGGGUGAUGAGGGAACUGCCUGGAGCUCUGCGUGCCCCCAUCUUCCACCAGCUGCUUGAGCUGCUCAGCAACAGCUUCUGCUCCUGGGAGAUGGUGGCCAUGGUCUUCCUCGUUGAGAUGCUGGAGUGCGUGGACCUCAAGCAAGAGCUGCGCCGCGUCGUGAAAAUCUUUAACACCCAUCUGCAGAGCCAGAGCGUGG